AUUUGAUUACUUAAUGCCUUUGUACCUAUUGGUUAUUAUUGCGAUUUAGUAUCUACUAUAUUCUUAAACUAUUCGUUACUUUUAGUACUUGGUUUUUAUUAUAAGUGUGAUCUUUACAUUCAACUUAGCCGUAAAUAUUUACAGAAUAAAAGUUUAAUAAAAACCGAUAAAAAUGAUGACCCUAAUAAAUCGGAUCCUUGAUUGGAUUAAGAGUAAGUUUUGGACUGAAGAAAUGGAACUCACUCUCGUUGGACUACAAUGUUCAGGCAAAACUACAUUUGUUCAUGUAAUUGCAUCUGGACAAUUUAAUCAAGAUAUGAUACCAACAGUUGGCUUCAAUAUGCGAAAAGUGACAAAAAAUAAUGUUACUAUUAAAAUAUGGGAUAUAGGUGGUCAGCCACGUUUCAGAUCAAUGUGGGAGAGGUAUUGCCGAGGAGUAAAUGCUAUUGUUUAUAUGGUAGAUGCUGCUGACACCGAUAAAUUAGAAGCUUCAAGAAAUGAGCUUCAUAAUUUAAUAGAUAAACCACAAUUAGCUGGUAUACCUGUCUUAGUUUUGGGUAACAAAAGAGAUUUGCCAAAUGCUCUAGAUGAAGUUGAACUGAUUGACAGGAUGAAUUUAAAUGCAAUUCAAGAUCGAGAAAUUUGUUGCUAUUCAAUAUCUUGCAAAGAACAAGAAAAUAUUGAUAUUACUUUGCAAUGGUUGAUUAGCCAUUCAAAAUCUAAUCGUCAGUCAUCAACGUAAAAUUAUUAUUGGAAAAUUUCAUAUCUAGCACUGAGUUUGUGCUAAAAAUAUUGAAUCUUUUCUAGAUUUAAUUUUUUGUUUAAGGCUGAUCCACCUUUAAUUUUCUUUUAUCCAUUAUAGAUAAAUGAAUGCCAUUUUUAUCAAUGCACUCCUGGUUAUAAAUUUAUAAUACAGCAAUUAAAUAUAGAAGUUCUACAUUUUAACAUUUAUAUAGGAAAUCAUUUUUUUUGGAUCAAACCUCAGUAUAAGUAUAUGUAUUAUACUAUUUGCAUUAAUUGAUAUGGGGUUUAUUACCUUUUUUCUGAAUUUAUAACAUAUUGUAUGGUUUUGUUGUGAGACGACAAAUUUAAACAAUUUUAUGUAAGUUAUAAUUUUAUCAUUCAAAAUUUAUACAUUUAUAUUAUUAUUUUAUUAUUAUUUAAACUAUUUUAUUUAUAUAUAUAUGUAUUAUUCUAUUAUUCAGAAGUAUAUUGCUUCUAAGAAUAUUAAUAAUUUAUUUAACUAUUUUAUACCUGAAGCUGACUAUUGUUACAUGGGUUUUUUUUUUGUAAAUAUUUA